AUGGGUGUCACAAAUGGCGACUUUGGCAGCAUCGCUCUCCUAUUGCUUCUUUAUGUCUUGCAAGGUGUUCCUAUGGGUAUAAGUGCGAGCGUCAGCUUCAUUCUUCAGGAAAAGGGGGCUACACUAUCGGAGCAGGGAAUCUUCUCACUGGCUUCCUGGCCCUUCAGUUUCAAGGUCCUUUGGGCUCCAUUAGUGGACACUUACUACGUGCGGUCUAUGGGCCAACGUCGUUCCUGGAUUCUUCCUCUUCAGGUCACGGUUGGCCUGACACUGUUGUUUACUGCUCGCAACCUUGAUUGGCUUAUUUACCAUCGGGAAGCUGAUGUCCGCGCACUCUCCACGAUUUUUUUCCUCAUUUAUUUUCUUUUAGCUUCACAAGACAUCGCAGUGGAUGGUUGGGCACUAUCUAUGCUAUCUCGGAAAAAUGUUGGCAUGGCUUCUACAUGCAACGCUGUCGGGCAGACCGCUGGAUUUUUCAUCUCUUUCACUGGAUACCUUGUCUUAAACUCAUUUUUUGAAGUUCAACUUGGCAGUUUCAUUUCAUUUUGGGGAGUGAUAUUUCUGUUCAGCGCGGCCUGCGUCCUCCAAAAGAGCGAAACCACACGAGAAAGUUCUAUUCCUCGAUCUGUGAAAGACGCAUAUCGGCAAGCAAGAGCUAUCAUCCGACUACCAUCAGUAAUCAAACUAUCUGUUGUUCUGAUGACUCGUGCCGUCGCUUUCUCGGCCACCGAGACCCUAACGCAACUGAAGCUUUUAGAGUGCGGCGUGCCAAAGCAGCAUAUGGCAACCAUAUCAGCCUGCAUAUCUCCUAUUAACAUUUUGCUUCCUUUAUUUCUGACCAAGUGGACUGCCGGCGAACGGCCGCUAGAAUGCGUGCUGAGGACAUGGAUGUUGCGAGCAGUAGUAGCAUCUGGAGCUUCACUAAUUGUUAUGAUAGCGCCCACCGACCUGUAUCUUACAGACCGAAUCCCCUGGGGAUUUUACAUCUCCGUAAUUUUGUGGAUGUCUUCAUACACUGCCCUCAGCACGGUUCACUUCGUAUCGUUUAUGGCUUUUUAUUCACGAAUAAGUGAUAUUGAGAUGGGGGGCACGUACAUGACCCUCCUGAAUGCUAUUUCCAAUUUUGGACACAAAUGGGCUGAGACCGCUACGUUGUUCAUUGUAGGUAGGUUGGCAAGAUUCAAAUACUGCGCGGGUCCAGGUGAGGCUACAGAAGGGUCCCGGAAAUGUUCUGCAUCAGUGCGCAGCAGCAUAUGGCUCGACCGGUUUGAUAACGAUGGACCAUUUCACUUCGCGGUUUUGAUGUCUCCCAUGAUCGCUUUUGUGUGGCUGCGCCUCGCACGAAAGCAUGUCAACAGCCUGCAGGACGGCGGAUUAUCAAAGUGGAAAGUGGAAUGA